AAUCUUAUGCGAUGGAAUUUUUGUAAAACCCGACAGCUUGCAGAUUCGCAGCAAAGAAAUGGAAGAAUCCGUAUUUUUGAGUUUUAAGGUAAACGCGUUCACUGCCCAAAAAUGUAUCCCUUGAUUCUCUCCGACAUUUACUGCACUUCCAGAAGAAACUACCCAACCCAGCUGUCGGUAUUUAGACAGAUCUUCCACACUAAAACAAUUCUCCUCACAUUCUCUCUCUAAACAUCCUUCUUUUCAUCUCAAAAUCACUUUGAAAAAAUAGUUACAAAAUGGAGUCUUCCGAUCAACGCCGCAAGCGGAAGCGCUUCAUCAAACCCUCACACUUGCAGUCUGUGAGAUUUCCAAUUCUGUUUAUCGGGUUUUUUAGCUUUCUUUCUCUUCUUUCUUACACUAGCCAUUCUACCUCUUCUGCCUUCCGCCCGGUUUUGGUGGUGCCGAGCUUAUCUUUGUUGUCGUCUUCUACUUCAAGAACGGUGAAAUCGGUGAGGGAAUUUGGUGGGUUUUUCUCUCCGCUGAGAAUUGAGAGUAGGGUACUGUUUCCGGAUCAUGUUUUGUUGAUGGUGGCUGGCGGUGGGGGAGAUGGGUCGGUGAAAAGGAGCGGUCUUGAUAAGUUGGAGUGUGUUUACUACGGUAAGAAUGAUGGGUUUGUGAAGAAGAAGAAGAAGAAGGUUUUGUCUGUUGAUGAAUUUGAUGGGUUUAGGUCGAUUGUGAGGUGCCCAAUUGGGCCUCGGGAUUGCUCUGAGGCUGUGCAUUUGAAGAGGGUUGGUAAAAAUGGGAUCUUGAGAGAGAGGGAUAGGAAUCAGACGGUGAAAUCAUGGGACAAUGUGGCGUAUGCGGCUAUGAGAGAUGGGGAAACUGCUGUUGUGUUUGUGAAGGGGUUGAAUCUGAGGCGGGAUAGAGAGUCCAAUCCCAGUCAGUUUAGCUGUCAUUUUGGGUUAGGGAAGCUUGAUGGUCGGAGUGGCCGUUUCUCCCUCGUGGAGAGGGCGAUCACGGCGGCUCAGGAGGUGGUGAGGUGCCCCUUGCCGGAGAGGGUGAUUGCAGGUCUUGAUAAGGGUCUUGGGGUUCGAGUCACUGUUGGAUUGAGGCCACCACGGCCUCGUGGUGGAGGCCGUGAGCGCAUGCUUAUGCCGUCCGUGGCCAAGAUUUUCGAUAAUGGGAGUGGGAGGAGGAUGAGGAAGGAGGGGAAAUUUGAGCUAUGUGUUUGUACCAUGGUGUGGAAUCAAGCCUCUGCAAUUCGUGAGUGGAUCAAGUAUCAUUCUUGGUUAGGAGUCGAAAGAUGGUUCAUUUAUGACAACAAUAGUGAUGAUGGGAUUGAUAAGGUUGUUCAAGAACUUGAUCAUGAGAAUUACAAUGUGACUAGGCAUGUAUGGCCAUGGAUCAAGACUCAAGAAGCAGGGUUCUCACAUUGUGCUUUGAAAGCAAGGGAUGAAUGCAGUUGGGUUUCAUUUAUGGAUGUGGAUGAGUAUUACUAUUUCCCAUAUUCGAAUUCCGGGCAGGAUAGGUUCAGGACAUUAGGGUUUGCGCCUCAGGGCUCACUACGUGCAUUGGUGGCGAACCUCUCGUCUUCCUCAAGCAGCAUUGGGGAGAUCAGAACAUCUUGCCAUAGCUUUGGCCCAUCGGGGCUGAAAUCGCCCCCCUCACAGGGAGUCACCAUAGGGUAUACCUGUCGGGUGCAGAGUCCCGAGAGGCAUAAGUCAAUUAUCAGGCCAGACGCGCUAGAUGCCACCUUGCUUAAUGUGGUGCACCAUUUCCACCUGAAGGAGGGGUUUACUUACCUCAAUCUGCCCCAAAGUAGUGCUGUGAUCAAUCACUAUAAGUACCAAGUAUGGGAGGUUUUUCGGGCGAAGUUUUACAGGAGAGUUGCGACUUACGUUGCUGACUGGCAGCAGAACCAGAACGAGGGCUCUAGGGAUCGAGCUCCUGGGUUGGGGACAGAGGCAAUUGAGCCGCCUGAUUGGCCGCAGAGGUUCUGUGAAGUGUGGGAUACAGGAUUGAGGGACUUUGUUAUGGCCAAUUUGGCUGAUGUCUCGACUGGUUUGCUGCCAUGGCAGAUCCAUUCUGCUUCAACUGUUUGAGGCUCGUUGUAAAGGAGAAAAUCACACGAUACUCGAUUCUUUGAUUGGUUCUUUCACAAUUUGUAUCUCAUUUUUUGGUUCUUUGUAGGCUUUAGAUUUUGUUACAGGAAAAGUUUAUAUAGUUUUGGUUACUCCUGUGAGAUGUAACUUUAUUUGAUUGAUCACUGAGAUAUAUGAAUUCCUUCAUUUUGA